UUGAAUCACGUUCGGUUCGGUCUCAAAUGGUUUUAGAGGAGACUAAUCACCAGCAUUUUUUUUUCCCACCACCUGAUGCCACCAAAAAAUGGGUUGCAAAUUUAUGUCUCUUGUACGAAGACGCCAUCAUCAUCAUCAUCAUCGAGAUUCGUUUGCGCUGUUGGUUGGAGCGAUAUCCAGGAGAGUUUGAAGCGCCGGGUGCAUGGAUGAGCUUAUAGAUUUGGGUGGGCUCAUUUUAUGGCAUUGUUUUAUCGUCCUUUCUUCGCGUCUAUCUCUCGUGGCUUCCAAUUGGGUUGGGACAGGUCACACAUCACAUCCGGGGGGGUAUUUGGGAUUGUUUUAUUUUUAUUUCCCAUUCGAGGAGAUACCCUCGCAGACGGCGUUUGGGAUAUAAGGGGUUAUGGGACGGGCGAAGAUCGCAUGCAUUCGUUUACAUCGAGAAGCAGCAGCAACAGCCUCAGGCGUUUCGUGCAAUUCCCGUGGCGGCAGCUUCUUGGGAGCGAGAAAAGAGAAAGACCAAAAGUGACACGGGCGAGCGAGAGCAAAGAAAGGAUAAUCUGUAUUAUUAGCUACGCUUCGCAUAUACCCCUGGAAGGCAGAGCAUUCCUCCCCAGAAUGGGGAGCCUCCUUUAUGGCGUCUCCUCUCGAGGAAAACUCACAUUCGCUACUGCCUUUGUAAUCUAAUUGUUAUAUAGUUAUACGGCGUUGAUACAAAGAUAAAUGUCUACGGGUAUACUUUAAGCUCGAAUACAAGGAAUACAAAAUUUCGCGUGGCAUAUAAAACAUGAUUUUACGGGCAGCAUUUCCUUGACAUGCGUACUACGAUAUUUUCCUAAUUACGCAUUAUAUUUAC